AUGAUGAGCACCCUAAUAACCCACCUUAUUAACCCACUAGCCUACAUCGUCCCUGUCCUGCUAGCAGUGGCUUUCUUAACGCUAAUCGAACGAAAGGUUCUAGGAUACAUACAACUACGAAAAGGCCCGAACGUUGUAGGACCAUACGGACUAUUGCAACCUAUUGCCGAUGGGGUAAAACUAUUCAUUAAGGAACCAAUCCGCCCGUCAACCUCAUCCCCGUUCCUCUUCUUAGCAGCCCCCAUACUAGCAUUAACACUCGCCAUAACCCUCUGGGCGCCAAUACCAAUACCUUAUCCCGUGGCUGACCUGAACCUAGGAGUCCUAUUCAUUCUGGCACUAUCCAGCCUCGCAGUAUACUCGAUUCUAGGAUCCGGGUGAGCAUCAAACUCAAAGUACGCACUGAUUGGGGCCCUGCGAGCCGUAGCCCAAACAAUCUCGUAUGAAGUCAGCCUAGGACUAAUCCUGCUUUCAGUGAUCAUCUUCUCCGGCGGGUACACGCUACAAAUAUUUAAUACCACCCAAGAAAGCAUCUGACUACUCGUGCCCGCCUGGCCCCUAGCCGCCAUGUGGUACAUCUCUACUCUGGCCGAGACAAACCGGGCACCAUUCGACCUAACAGAAGGAGAAUCAGAGCUAGUAUCCGGCUUUAACGUAGAGUAUGCAGGGGGACCAUUCGCCUUGUUUUUCCUAGCUGAAUACGCUAACAUCCUACUAAUGAACACACUCUCGGCCAUUCUAUUCAUAGGAGCAUCCCACAUCCCGACCAUCCCGGAACUAACCGCUGUCAACCUAAUAACUAAGGCCGCGCUGCUUUCUAUUGUUUUCCUAUGAGUGCGGGCCUCGUACCCGCGGUUUCGAUACGACCAACUAAUACACCUGGUGUGAAAAAAUUUUCUCCCCCUAACCCUAGCCCUGGUCCUAUGACAUAUUGCCCUGCCCAUCGCAUUUGCAGGCCUCCCCCCGCAAAUCUAG